CACGUUCUCCAUCGCGAUGAUGAUGUAUGCUUACAGUCUUCUACUACUCGGCCUAAUAGCGUCUGCUCUUAGCAUUGCGCUCCCGCAACCUUCUUUCGUCCCCUCACCAGGAAACUUCCCCGCAACAGGCGACGGCGACUAUGGUGGCGGCAUUUUCAGCAUCCCGCUCAGCGAAGUCGGAAAUUACGCUCCCUACGGCGACGGCAACGGUACCGAAUUGCCGAAAGGCCCCGGUGAAAAGACCUGUGGCAGCGGCCCGUACCCAGCGCAGAUGCUCACCGACUCCUCCCUCCCCGGUCACACUAUUUUCGCGCCCAAGGUUCCACCCGACUGCAAGCUUUCCAUGCCCUUCAUCGCGUGGGGCAACGGCGCAUGCAGACUUAACGCAACUCAGUACGAGAACUUCCUGGUGGAGAUAGCCAGUUACGGCUAUGUGAUUGCGGCGGAUGGCACGCCGAACGGGAGCACGACUGAGCAGACUAAGGUGCAGGAUAUGCGGGAUUCGCUGGAUUGGGUGAUGGCCGGGAAGGCGAGCAAAUAUGGCAACGUCGAUUCGAAGAAGAUUACGACGGCUGGGCAUAGCUGCGGUGGGCUGGAGGCGAUGAGUACGGCGUACCAUGAUGAUAGGGUGAAGAGGAUUAUGAUGUUCAAUAUCGCGAUCUUUCAGGAUGAUCGUAGGUAUCUGCUGCAGGAGAUCAAGGUCCCGGUAGCGUAUUUCAUCGGAGGCAAGACCGAUAUGGGCUACAACACGUCUGCCAAAGACUAUGCACUGCUCAACGCCGGUCUUCCCAGGCUCCGCGCGAACCUCGACACCGGACACCUUGGCACAUAUCCAGCUACUAACGGUGGCAAGUUCGGCAAGGCCGCAGUUGCGUACUUGGAAUGGCAAUGGAGAAGAAAUGCGACGGCCAAGGCUAUCAUCCUGGAUCCGCAAAGUCCUGGUAGCCUGGUGAAGGAUAAUUGGAUUGUUGAAUCCGCUAAUUGGUGAUGGUUCGGAUGAAAGACAGGGAGGGGAGCGCAUCGAAAUGGAGGAGGGGAAACAUCCGCAUACGGUAUAGAAUGAUCAAGGUGAUCCGAAUCUUUUAGCACCCUUUGGGCGAACCUGGAGUGCGGAAGCAUCGCGCUAUACGACAGAUUGUGACGAGGGCGAGGCAGUAAAGGAUUAGGACGCAACAUUCGUAAUAGGUUAGCUCAAUAAGUCACAUGGCUUAUUUGAAGUCGAUGUCUUAGUGAAGGAGCAUAGUAAGAGGUCUCUCAUUCGCGCCUGAAUAGAUUAUUGUUGCAGUCGAG